AUGACGGCGGCUGACUUUUGCCAACUUGAUAGUCUAAUGUUCGUGCAGGGAGUGCUCAGCUACUACUACAAAAAUGACGAUGACGUAAAGGAUGACUCUGAGCUGCAGAAGUGGAUUCUGGACAUUUUUGAACACGGAUUCCUUUCCCAAGCAGGCACAGGGAUUCCACGCAGUUUUACCACUGUGGCUGAGUUGGUCAAGUUUGUUACCAUGGUGAUCUUCACCGGCUCAGCACAGCACGCUGCCGUGAAUUCUGGACAGUAUGACUAUGGUGGCUGGAUGCCCAACACUCCCCCCACUCUGCAACGUCCUCCACCAGCCAAGGGGACGGCAAGCGAGGCCACCAUGCUGCAGACAUUACCUGACGUCAACACAACAGUUCAGGGAAUGGCCACCGUGUGGCUCCUCAGCAAACAGUCCUUGGACUUUGUCCCUCUUGGCCAAUACCCGGAGAACCACUUCAGUGAGGAGACUCCCUGCCAGCUGAUAAAGGUUUUCCAAGGAGAGCUUGAAGUGUUAAGUGUAACCAUCCAAGUCAGGAACAGGAGUCUGAAAGUGCCAUACACAUACCUGGAUCCAGUGGGGGUAGAAAAUAGUGUGGCCCUUUGAGUAUCAGAGGGUGGGACCUCCUCAGCUGCGAGGAACUGCAUGCUCUAAUACUGAUUCUACUGCAUGUGACCAUUGUACGCUGAACUGUGGUUUUUAUACAUCAUUCUUGGUGAAACUGUGUCUGAAAUCAUCUUCUGAACUUGUCAGUGAAUACACAUCUAAUCAAAUUACAGUGGGAAAAAUAUUAUUUUGCAUUGUGGUUGUAACACUUUAGAAGUAAACUGUGCCUUAUGACUUAUUGUCAUAAUGAAGUAUAAAUGAGUGUAGGGACCUAUGUUUUGAUAAAUGUACUGUUGCUAUAGUGCUGUUAAACUACUGCAUGUGACCAUUGUACGCUGAUCUGUGGUUUUUAUACAUCAUUCUUGGUGAAACUGUGUCUGAAAUCAUCUUCUGAACUUGUCAGUGAAUACACAUCUAAUCAAAUUACAGUGGGAAAAAUAUUAUUUUGCAUUGUGGUUGUAACACUUUAGAAGUAAACUGUGCCUUAUGACUUAUUGUCAUAAUGAAGUAUAAAUGAGUGUAGGGACCUAUGUUUUGAUAAAUGUACUGUUGCUAUAGUGCUGUUAAACUACUGCAUGUGACCAUUGUACGCUGAUCUGUGGUUUUUAUACAUCAUUCUUGGUGAAACUGUGUCUGAAAUCAUCUUCUGAACUUGUCAGUGAAUACACAUCUAAUCAAAUUACAGUGGGAAAAAUAUUAUUUUGCAUUGUGGUUGUAACACUUUAGAAGUAAACUGUGCCUUAUGACUUAUUGUCAUAAUGAAGUAUAAAUGAGUGUAGGGACCUAUGUUUUGAUAAAUGUACUGUUGCUAUAGUGCUGUUAAACUACUGCAUGUGACCAUUGUACGCUGAUCUGUGGUUUUUAUACAUCAUUCUUGGUGAAACUGUGUCUGAAAUCAUCUUCUGAACUUGUCAGUGA